CAGUGAUCUCUCUGCCGCGCGCUUCAGUCCUGUCAAUGAACGGCUCCGCGCGCCGUCUCCAGUCGUCGAUGCAGCAGCUUUAGUCGGGUCUCAUUAACAGAGAGCUGCUGGUUAGUUUUCAUUUUCCUGCUCCGACAGCAGCUGGGAUGUGCGAGUAGGAAAACCCGCUCCCACUGCUACCAGUGCAGCUCCCAGUGCAGCUGCUAGAGGAGUCUGCCAGCAUGGACAGGAUCGGGGUCUCAUUUCUGGACCCGCUGGAGGAUUACGAGUUAAUUCACCGGAUCGGGUGCGGUACCUACGGAGAUGUGUUCAAGGCUCGCAACAUCAGGACGUCUGUACUUGCAGCGAUUAAGAUUGUCAAGCUGGACCCUGGUGACGACAUCACGUCCAUCCAGCAGGAGAUCACCAUGAUGAAGGAGUGCAAACACAAAAACAUCGUGACCUACUUCGGCAGCUACCACAGAAACACCAAGCUGUGGAUCUGCAUGGAGUUCUGCGGAGGAGGGUCACUGCAGGAUAUUUACCAGGUAACUGGUCCAUUAAAGGAGAAGCAGAUAGCGUUUGUGUGCAGGGAAACCCUUCAGGGUUUGUAUCACCUGCAUGAAACAGGCAAAAUGCACAGAGACAUAAAGGGAGCAAACAUCCUUCUGACAGAGAGAGGAGAUGUGAAGCUGGCUGAUUUUGGAGUGGCAGCAGAGAUCAGCGCUUCAGUUGCCAAAAGGAAGUCUUUCAUUGGAACUCCCUACUGGAUGGCUCCGGAGGUGGCUGCAGUGGAAAAAAAGGGUGGCUACAACCACUUGUGUGACAUCUGGGCUGUUGGCAUCACCGCCAUUGAGCUGGCCGAACUCCAGCCGCCCAUGUUUGACCUCCACCCAAUGAGAGCUUUGAUGCUGAUGUCCAAGAGCAGUUUCCAGCCUCCAAGAUUGAAGGAUAAACCCAAGUGGUCUGCAGCUUUCCACAGCUUUGUGAAGAUGGCUCUAAUUAAAAACCCUCGUAAAAGGCCCUCGGCUGAGACGCUGCUGCAGCAUCCAUUUGUGACGCAGCUGCUGACCCGAAACCUGGUCAUCGAGCUGCUGGACAUGGCCAACAGCCCCGAGCUCCACACCCCUCUCACACUCAGCAUUGACGAGAGUGACUUGGAGGUUGGAGACGUGUCUCCUGACAAGAUUCAGUCUGCUGGAAAACAUCUGCCAGCAGAGAGGACGCUGUCUGAAGAACAAUUUGAUCAAGUAAAGUUUGGACCUCCACGGAGGAAAGUGACAGAGCCCUACCCUGAUCUGGGUUCCUACGAUGACGACUGGAGUCUGUCUGGAGAUGAAGACAACUCACCGAGCCUGUUGGAAUGUGUGGAGCAAGCUCUGGAGAUGAGGAGUUUAACCAUACGAAGGGCGCCAUCUGCAGAUGGAGGUAGGAAGAGUGCUUUGUUCAGUCCUUCUACCGCCUCCUUACCAGCCUUCAGGUGUUUAACCUCCAACACGGAGGACCCAGACCCAACGUUGAGGCCGAGCUGCACACUCAGCCCAGACUCCGCCAUCACGGCUGAUGCCAGCUCCACCACAGGCUUGUCCAGGUGUUCAGCCACACAGGACGUCAGACAGCGCUGCAGCGAUCCAUGCCUGCCUGUAGAGGACGCUGUUAUAGCAGAGAAGAGGAUGAUCACCACAGCUUCAUCUCUGAAAAGAGAAACACCGCUUUCACCGGAAUGGAGCACACUGAGGAGAAAGACGGAGGACUCUAGAGCUGAUUGUCAUGGACUUCCUCCCACCCCUCAAGUCCAUAUGGGAGCCUGCUUCUCCAAAGUUUUUAAUGGUUGUCCUCUAAAAAUCCACUGUGCCGUCACCUGGAUUUUACCUAAAACUAAAGAUCAGUAUCUUAUACUUGGGGCUGAAGAGGGCAUCUACACCCUGAACCUUAAUGAACUUCAUGAAGAUACACUAGAGAAGCUCCUCCCUCAGCGAUGUACAUGGCUUUAUGUUAUGAACAAUGUGCUGAUGUCUGUAUCAGGAAAGUCGUCCCAGCUUUAUUCCCACAGUCUGCCGGCUCUGUUUGACCAUAGAGGACAUCUGCACAAGAAGCACGUCAGUCUGUCGCUCAGCAGCAACCGCUUCGCUGAGAGGAUCAACCCCAGAAAGUUUGCCAUAUCUGUGAAAAUUCCAGACACUAAAGGCUGCAGGAGAUGUAGUGUAGCUAGAAACCCAUACACAGACAGUACGUUUCUAUGUGGGGCGGUUCCAUCUGGUCUGGUUCUACUGCUGUGGUACGAGCCUCUUCAGAAAUUCAUGCAUCUUAAGCACAUAGCAACCAAGCUGCCGGACUCUCUGCCAAUAUUUGAGCUGCUGGUGCUGGUUUCAGAUGAGUUUCCCCAGCUCUGUGUGGGGGUGAGACAGUGUAAUAAUGGGAAAACUGCAACCAGCCAGCAGCUCAAGUUUGAUAUAAUCGAACUGAAUGGCACACCUAUUUCAGUACCAGAUAAUGGAGCACUUAGAGCUGUACAGGUAACCCAGCUUGACGGGGACACUGUUCUUAUUGCAGUUGAAAAAACUGUUAAGAUCGUGAACCUGCGAGGGCUUCCAUCCAAAGAGUUGGCAGUUGAGUUGGUCUUUGGCUUCCCGAUUGAAACACUAGUCUGCUUACAGGAUAGUGUGCUGGCUUUCUGGAAGCAUGGCCUCAAAGGGAAGAGUUUCCAUUCGGAUGAGGUAACGCAAGAAAUUACAGAUGAGAGUCGAGUGUUCAGAGUUUUGGGAACAAACAGAGACAUCAUCCUUCAGAGUACGCCAACGGAUGAGCCGUCUUCACUGAGCAACCUCUACAUCUUGACUGGUCACGAGAGCAGCUACUGAGCAACUAAAAGACUCAUUUUCUUUAAGAGUUCACUGGAGAAGUAAAACAAUGUCCUAUUUGCCUGAAGAUGCAGCUGACCACACCAGCGUCUGAGAGACUCCAUCCAUGGACAAGUCUGGUCAACAUGAGUCACAGAUCCUCUAGAACUGCUAUUUUCAGAGCCUACGGCAUUGCCAUGUACCCUACACUGUAGCCUGAGCCAAUGUCCACCUCCACAGAAAGCUGAGACUGGCUUCUUGGUCUGUGUUUACAAGGCAAACUGCUGUAGGUCAAGACCCGAAACAGUAGCAGAUUGUAAUUAAAUCGUGUUCACUUAAAAUCAUAACAAAAUAUUCUGUCUGCAGCUAUUUUAGCAUUUUAAACACAGUCUGCCCGACUCUCUGUCUCUCUGUGAAACCAGCCAGUGAAAGGUUUUUCCUCAAAUACUGACCACAAACCCCAAUUUCCAAGAAAAUAAAGCAGGGAUGCUAAAAUUAAAUUAAAACUGAGUGCAAUGA